CGUGGCUCUAAUUCUCGUGAGAACCCCAUAGCCCGUUUCAGGGAAGUGCAGGGAAAACUGACUCGUCGGUGGGAUGCGAGGGCGUGCGGAGGGCCAGGGGCGAGCCCGGCGGGCCAGUGCUGGGCACCCACGGUCGUUGGAACUCUUCCAACGCCUCUCUGGGAAAUUGUUUGGGUAAGGUCAGGUGGUCCAUCACCUGAAUGAUUAAAAGUUGUUACCCUGGGGGAGAAAUGGGGCAAAGGAGGACUGGCUUUUGGAGGUGGGCUAGAAACUACAAAACCGAGCUUCUUGGGAACAGCCUUUUAGUCUAACAGGAAGUGGAGCGUCACCGAAAGGGAGGGGCAGCCACCCGGGACUGCCCUCUGCUUCAGGCUCUCUCUUUGUGGGCAGCGUUUCAUCCAGGUUGUCAAUCCAGCGAGUAAUGCCGGGUGAAUGCACGCCGCUGGGUUUGGAAAAAAAACGAAAAAUGAGCAAGCGAGAUCCCCCUUUCGUUUCAUCGUAACCAAGCUGGAAGCAAAUAAAUCGGCUAGGUCCCACUGCAGUCUUCUGCACUCGAGUGCCAAGAGGACCUGUUCCUAUCAAUUACUGAAGCCAUAAGGAAAAUUUUUUUAAAAAAUUAAAACUUUACCAUAAUGAGGUGUUGCCACAUCUGCAAACUCCCUGGAAGAGUGAUGGGGAUUCGAGUACUUCGUUUCUCUUUGGUGGUAAUCCUUGUGUUACUGCUGGUAGCUGGGGCUUUGACCACUUUACUUCCUAAUAUCAAAGAAGACAAGAUGCUCACUUUGCGUAGGGAAAUAAAAUCCCAGGGCAAGUCCACCCAGGAUUCCUUUACUCUCAUAAUGCAGACGUACAACAGAACAGAUCUCUUAUUGAGACUUUUAAAUCAUUAUCAGGCAGUACCAUAUCUGCACAAAGUGAUUGUGGUGUGGAACAACGUUGGGGAGAAGGGACCAGAUGAAUUAUGGAACUCCCUAGGGCCUCACCCUGUCCCUGUGAUCUUCAAAGUACAGACAACAAACAGGAUGAGAAAUCGACUCCAGGUCUUUCCUGAACUGGAAACCAAUGCGGUGUUAAUGGUAGAUGAUGACAUGCUAAUUAGCACCCAAGACCUUGUUUUUGCUUUCUCCGUGUGGCAGCAAUUUCCUGAUCAAAUUGUAGGAUUUGUUCCAAGAAAGCAUGUGUCUACUUCCUCUGGUGUCUACAGUUAUGGAGGUUUUGAACUGCAAACACCGGGGUUUGGAAAUGGUGACCAUUACUCUCUGGUGCUGAUUGGAGCCUCAUUCUUCCAUAGCAAAUACCUUGAACUCUUUCAGAGGCAACCUGCAGCUGUCCAUGCUUUGUUAGAUGAAACGCAAAACUGUGAUGAUAUUGCCAUGAAUUUUAUCAUUGCCAAGCACACUGGGAAGACUUCGGGGGUAUUUGUGAAACCUGUAAACAUAGACAAUUUAGAAAAAGAAACCAAUGGUGGCUAUUCUGGAAUGUGGCAUCGAGCUGAGCACUUUCUGCAGAGGUCUUAUUGUAUAAAUAAGCUUGUUAACAUCUAUGACGGCAUGCCCUUAAAAUACUCCAACAUUAUGAUUUCUCAGUUUGGUUUUCCAUAUGCCAACCACAAAAGUAAAAUGUGAAAGUAAAACAAACAAAAACAAACCUCAAAACUGCUUGGUAUUUGAGUAGCUUCUUCAUGCUAUGGUCGGUUUAUUUAUUUAUUUAUUUUUAAGCACGUCAUGAACUUUUUUCUACUCCAGAAGUCUCUACAAGGGGGAAAAAGUGCUUAGGGCUUCUAGCAUAUAAAAUUUACAGGCACUUCAAAACCCAAGAAGCUGAUAUUACCCAGAUAGGUCUUCUUGUGAGAAGUUUUCAUCCACAGAUAUAAUUCCUUGGUCAACAAUUUUAUUGUUUACAUUCUGAGACUGUUCUACAAUUUUUAAAAAUUUUUUUAAAUUGAAGUAUAGUUGAUUUACAGUGUUUUGAUAAUGUUCUACGAUUUUUUUUGACUUCUGGCACUUGCCUUAAGGACCUUUAGCAAACUGUUUGCAGGAUCAGAAACUCAAGACAAGUAUUUCUCAGCUUCUUCAUUAAAGGAUGAUUAUUUUCAUUUGAAGCCUGAAAUGCCUCUUCAACAAAAGCCUGUGGUAUAGGGAAAAGCCAUGUGAGGAGAGAAUAGUCUCAAUCCCAUAUAAAAACAAGUGGGAAAUUUGUGACUAUCAGUACUUCCCUUGUGGUCCUUCCAGGACUAACUUAUCCCAGCAUGGUUUCGGUGCAACCAUCAGUGCUUUUAUUUCUGUGGAUAUCUGUUGUGACUGGGAGGGUUAAUUUUAGUAGAUAAAGGAUGUCUAGUUGUUCACUUGGUUUUUGUGAACAUUUACUGCAUGGAUCACAAAAACGUGCAACCUCUGUUUCUUAUAUGCAACUUACAUGCAGUGAGGAGUAAAUGUGUUACUAGAUUCAGGUCGUGCACUUUGUCACUGAAUCUGACUUUGAGAUUGCACAUUAAUUCUUAGAUUUUACAGAAAGUAUGUAUUGUUUAAGAAACAUGUAUAAAAUAACUCUUGAAAGAGUGAUUAAGUAGGAACUGGCAGAAAUUACAACCCUUACUAUCAAAUGAUCUUUAUUGUUAUAAAAGCAUAGGUUAUCUCCUGGAUACUAAAACGUGUGUAUUACGCACUAGGUCAAUCUCUUGCGUUCAGAACUUCUUCCCUCCACCCCGCAAAAGAUCCAGAGAUCAUUUCAAUUACAUAGAUACGGGAAAAAAUAAGAGACCUGAGUCAUAGUAGAGGAAUUCCACAGGGAGUCUGCACCAGUUGAUUGUUAAGUUGCCCACUUUCUGUUAUGUGAAUUAGUAUCUGUUCCACAUGGCGUCUGUGUUUGGUCCUUGUUCACUAUUGGUGGAAAGGAAUACUCAGGCCUCUUUCUGCCACCUUCUCCUCUUCCUAUGCCCCCUCCUGCUCCCAUUAUGCCGUUAUAUUCUCAAAAUUGCAAAGCUAUGAAAAUAAUCAUGGUUAAUGUUCCAACGAUGAGGUCUCUGUGCAGUUAGCUCAGUGUAUAUUGUUCCUUUACAUGGGCAUGUGUAUGUAUCUUAAUGCCAUCAGAGAAAACCAAUAGAACUCGCAGCCUCACUAAAAAUUUAUAGUGUUAAUUAUCUGCUUUGUCCAACCUUGGUAGUGACUUUUUGCCUCUUCAGAUUGGCAGAUAAAUAAAAUAAACUUUUACCAUCCA